CACUAACAAACAAAUGUUUACACUUCAUUGUUCCUCAUGAACACAACAAGCUACAUGUCACAUGUUGUCUAUAGUUGCAUUUGAGAAUCAAACCAAAGAAAGCAAGUGACAGUGUUGCUGAUACAGGUAUGUGGACUUUGACAGGAGCAAUUAUAGGGGUUAUUCUCAUUACAGUUAUCAUUGCAUGCAUCAUGUAUUAUAUUAGAUGCUUCAGAUCAGCCCCACCAACAAACGAAAUAACAUUUGGAAACAUGUUAAAGAAAACAGCUUGUCCAAGAGUUUCUAUCAGGGAAGUGUACUCUGCCACUAACCAUCUUAAUGAAAUGAAUAUCAUUGGAGAGGGAACUGCAGGUAAGGUCUACAAAGGCAUAUUGACAAAUAAACAAGAUGUUGCAGUAAAGCACAUAAUCAAUGAUGAUGGAAAUAUAGAAACUUUUGUCAGAGAAGUUACAAGCCUGUCUCAUGUCAGGCACCCAAAUCUUGUUGCUUUGUUGGGUUUCUGUAAUGAGGCAGAUGAAUGCUUUCUUGUCUAUGAGCUAUGUCCCAAUGGGAGUCUUUCAGAGUGGCUAUUUGGCAAGAACAAGGUGUUGUCCUGGAUACAAAGACUAGAAAUUGCAAUUGAUAGUGCUCGAGGUCUUUGGUUUUUACAUGCAUAUCCCGGAGGCUGCAUCGUUCACCGGGAUAUCAAGCCAACAAAUAUUCUUCUUGGGCCUAAAUUUGAGGCAAAACUAUCAGAUUUUGGACUGUCUAAAGUUAUUGAAGCGGGAGAAACAUAUGUUAGUUCAGAAGUGAGGGGAACUUUUGGAUAUGUGGAUCCUGAGUACCAAAGCAACCGCCAUGUGAAUUCAUCUGGUGAUGUUUACAGCUUUGGCAUGGUACUUCUACAAAUCCUCUCUGGAAAGAAGGUCAUAAAUUUGAAACUGAAAAAACCAAUGCCACUAAGUAAAAUGGCAAAACUGCUCACCAAGAAUGGUAGCAUUACAGAAUUUGCUGAUCCUAAACUUAAAGGAGAAUACUCAGAGGAAGCAUUUGAUUUUACACUUCAGCUUGCUCUUGCAUGCACAGCACUCAACCAACAAAGACCAUCCAUGGAGCUGGUUGUGAUAAAACUGGAGGAGGCCUUAUUAAUUUCAAAAGAGAGGAAGGUGUAUACUACAGAAACUCCAGCAGACAAAAUUUCUAAGGAUUCAUGAAAUAGUGAAUUUUGGGAUAAGUUUUCAUAAUCAGAGUUUUGGAAAAUAUUUACAAGUUUCAAGUACAAUGCUAAUAUUUUAUACAUGUUAUACCAUGGAUUUUUUAAUCCAGAUUAUGUGAUACAAUAAAAACUUCUGUACUACUGUUAUCUAAGGUUCAUUCUGUAAGAGUGAUUGCUAAAAUCUACGCCUAUAUGUUUGGAUACCAGGUGAACGAAUAUGUAUGCUACAGUCUGUUUGCACUGAAGCUGAUCCAAAUAUUUUAGCACAAGACUUGAAAG